AUCUGGACAGCAAAAAGGCUCGGAGGAGUAUAAGCUGAGGCAGAUGUGAGGAAGUGCAGCAGAUGGACUGAUCUCCUCAUCAUGAAUCCAGCUCUGGUGCUGUUGGCGUUGCUGGCCUCAGUGGCGGCUCAGUCUCACGACCAUUAUGACAUGGGCUGGGUCAAUGGAUAUCGCCAGGGAUUCAACUUCCAGUGUCCCCACGGUGAAGUUAUCGUUGCCAUCAGGAGCUACUUCAGUGAGACGGAUGGCUCUGACCGCCUGUGGUCAUUUGAGUGCCAGCCCACCCCUGAGGGUCUGGGGGAGCCCAGUGACUGCUGGUGGGAUGACAUCAACCGUACUGGGAUGGAGUGGACUUCAACAUGCACCCGUAAUGGCCUGGUAGCUGGUGUCCAGAGCAAGUACUUUGAGUCCACUCUUGACCGGGAAUGGCAGUUUUACUGUUGCUACUACAAACGCCGCUGCCCCUACUCCUGCAUGAAGACCACUGACAUUCCUGAAUACUACAGAGAAGAGGGAGAGAUGGUUGUCCCGAGUUAUGGCUACUUCAUCCGAGGUGCCCAGACCACCUUCAGCGGAGUGCUAAGAGAUCGGCAGUGGAAGUACAUCCUGUGCAGAAUGACAGACUUUGACUGUGACUUUGAGAAUUUAUAGGCAUGUGAGGAGUUUUUUAUUGAUGCAUAAACAUUUUUAAUACAUAUUCACAUCUACAUUUAAAGGUGACCUAUUAUGCUUUUCAUUUUAUCCUGUCAUAUAUCUCCUGUUCCAGUGGUUGGUGCUCAUAUUAAACAUGGCCAAAGUUACAAGUAAUCCCUAUGAGCCAAACACUUAAACAUACGCGUGUCUGUCACUUCGGGCCGCACGUUUCAAACUCCAGCCAGUCAAAUGACAUCAGUUCAGAUGCUGCAGAUAGUGAAUUUUAAAGGGAGAGAUGCUGCCUAACCCUCAACUUCAAAACAGAGGAGAAGUUGAUCACUGUGAGGAGCACAAAAACUUAGUAGCUUAGCUCAUCCUGCUAGUCGACACUCUGUUAGCUUGUGACUGGUUGUUGUUGCUAUGAUGACUGCACCAGCAAAGUUACCCUGCUCAGAUACCAACAUUUUUUGGUCUAUUUUUGGCUUUCACUGAUGCCAAAGUGAGUACAUGCUCUAAUAUGAUGAUCUCAGGCACACAGCCACACCUCCCUGCUCCUCAGACCUUCUGUUUGGGAGGAGCGGCCAAUCAGAAAAACCACUGGCUUAAGGGGAGGCAGCCUGGCCUCAGGGCAAAACAUGCAACCGUCACAAAAAGCAGCGUAUUUGUUCAUGUUUGUGGACACAGAUUGGCCCAUUUUGUUGGUUUCUUGCUUGGGGACAGCAGGUCUUGAAACUAAUGCAUUUCUACAGGAAGUACUGGAUGUUUCAAGACUCUCAGAGCUGAGGCGUCACCCCGACAACCGAGGAAACUGAAAUGACGACCCACCUUUAAUCCAAUCCAUGACCUGCACCUAACCAAGCAGGUCAUUAAAAUGUGUGGAAAUCACUGCCAGUCAUUUAAACUAGAUUAAAAGCAGAACAAAUGUCAGUUAGUAAGAAAACAAGGGGCUGCACCAGGGUCCAGUAUAAGAAUAAAUAAGGAUUAUUUUUGAACUGUCUGAAAUAAUCCAAGGAUGUCCUGGAAGUGUACAAGAAUAAAAUAUGAAGCUGGAAAUGAGUUUAAUAGGUCUCCUUUAAAAAUAUUACUCACAAGUGAAGCGGUUUGUGUUUUCAUCCACAUAUGUUUUUAUUUUAAAUAAACUGAUCCACCACAGGCCUGAGAAAUGUGCCUUUAUAUUCACUGUUUCUGUUAGUCUAGCAUGAAGAAUGACUCAUAUCGUAUAAACAGCUAAAAUGAACAUCUCCGUGGUGGGUCUCCAGGGAUUUGAGCUCCAUCGGGUUCUUUGGACAGCUUUAACCGUUUUUUUAUUUGGUUGUUGGAUGAAGUGGAAGUCCGUUGGCAGCACGUCAGAGCGGCUCCUCCAAAACAAACUGAAUUAUUUGAUACUCUGUUAAUGGAAAACACAGCUCAUCAGGCUCUCCUCCAAGAUCUCCCGAGCACGUGGCCUUCAUGCAUUCAGGGAGCUGACUGGGAUCUUCUCCUGGUAGUAAUGCAGAGAGCAGUCAUGUUGGGAGUAAUGAGAGGUUCUUUCUGAGUCGCUGGCAAAACAAGAUUUGCAUGCAAUGAAUCAGGUCCCAUCUGCUUCCUCUGUCCAUUCUUUAUUAAAGUCCAGCUUGGCAAUUAUAUAGUGUACUUAAAUCCAUGUAACCGUGCUGUGUGAAAACCUGGAUUAAACACGUCAUUUAUUUAAUGUGAAACUGUGUUGUGUUCAGUUUUAGGCUCAAAUAAAAGCAGUUAUUUUAUA